UACUGAAUGGAUAACAAGGUGUAAACUAUAAUAUACGCUUUUUUUCUUUAUUUUUCUCUGUUCUUAUUAUCAUUAUAUUUCCAUGUCUGAACAACUUUCAAUUUGGUAUGAAAACUAUCUUGAAUUGCGAAAGAAAAGAGAAGCUAGGCUCAAAUUAUUACAUACUCAGCAAAAAAGAGUACAACACCAUGAAAAGAGUCUUUUUAAGAUCCGCAAUUAUCUAGCAAGGGCAGUAAUGGAAAGAUCCCAUAUUCAAGAGAAAUACAACCAAUUGAUCCAAUACGAUGUAUGGGUAACAGCAGACGAACAUGAAAAGAUUCAUCUUGUUCGUGAUCGAGUUGAAAGAGAAUAUUCCGAAUGGACACUCAAAAGGAAGGCCAAGUUAGACGCGAUUGAUCAAGAAGCUAAAAAAGCCAAGUUACAUGCUUCUCAUCUCAUUGGUAUUGAAAGAGCUCUUAUUUGCCUUGAAGACAUGAUGCGAAAACAAGUAAUGGAGCUUCCAUGCGACAAGAAACCUGAAUUGAUCGAGCCCCUCUUUUUUCGAAAAUCAACUUCUCAUUACUCAUUUGCUUCUGUUGUUACUGCAGAUUCAAACAAUUCAACUUGUUUAUCUGGUGUCUUGUUGAAGAAAUGGCUGGAACCAAGGCUUCAAUUGUCCCAGACACAACUUGCUAUUUAAUAAACA